AUGCCUCCCUUCCCCGCCCUGCCUUGUGGCCGCAAGCCAGCCUCCAGCUUUGGCUCCGUGGCCUGGCUAUCCCAGAGCAGCCAUGCAGAGCAGUCGCACACCUCCAGGCCCGCCGAGGUCUCUUGGGAGAGCUUCUCUGCCCCAGCCAGGGUGUCCGGCAAUGGGGAGCCCCCUCAGACUGUGGGCAUGGGGGAGGUGAAGUCCUCAGAAUUGUCUGCGCCAGGGACGCCCACAGCUGGAUUUAGCAAGGAGCCAGACAUAACUCGGGCUCCCCGCGUCCGCACAGCCUUCACGUCGGAGCAGGUCAGCACCUUGGAGAGCUCCUUCCAGCACCACCGCUACCUGGGCCCCCUGGAGCGCAGGAGGCUGGCCCGGGAGAUGCAGCUGUCCGAGGUGCAGAUCAAAACCUGGUUUCAGAAUCGCCGGAUGAAGCACAAACGCCAACUGCAGGACUCGCAGCUGAAGGUCCCCUUCUCUGGAGCUCUCUACACGCCCCUGGCUUUCUGCCCACCACCCUCUGCCCUGGGCGAUGGCCUGCAGCUGCUGUACCCUUGGGCAUCCCUGCCUGGGCCUCCGGCUCUGGUACCUCCCCCUGGCUCCUUUUGGGGUCCCUGUCAAGUGGAAGAAGCCUCCCUGGCCUCAGCAUGGGCCUCAUGCAGCAGACAGCCUCUGCUGUGCUGCCUCCCUGACCCUGGGGGCCAGGUGCACACACUGGGCCCCGCCUUGUCCUGGGGCCUGCAUGCCCUGCCAGAUGUCGGGGAUGCCUUUUGA